AUGAAAGGACAAGUGAUGGACAGGAGACAUGAGACUAGCACCCUGACACAGACGAGCUAUGGCAGGCGCGUCAACUGCCCUGUGUUGACGUCGCGGGACUGGUUGCCAACCAAGACUUCUGGACACGCCCACAAAGCAUCCCGAACCCCCAAGGCGAACAGCACAGCUGGAAGCUCUCUCUGGCUCGAACGGAUUCUUCUCGACUUGCGAUAUGAUGACCUAGCAGGAAAAGUGCGCCGACUCUCCCCUGUUUAUCUGCCUCGUCACAACUUGUUCCCUGACCAUCUUUACAGCUAUCGGCCGCAGAGAGCUUACCACGACACCCACAACCACCACGACCACCAUCGUGUACGCCUUACGCUGAUCGAUCUUGCUUCCCUCGACAGUAAUGCUAUGAAUGAAACACCAGAAAGGGUCACGGGGGCGUACCCCGCCACCCCUGGCACGAAUGUCCGAGGCAGAGCUCCUCCCACACCAGAUGGAACCCCCGAACGAGCGCUGCCCAACAGAGGGCCAGCGGCAAAUCCUCUACCACUGGCCCCCGAGAAUCAAUCACGACAACAACCCGGGAGCAAUCCGGUGAUACCACUUACCAUCCUCGAUGCGCCUACACAGCGCUUUUAUGCCUUCGGGUUUUACAUAGCCCUUGUGGCCUGGAAGCUCUACGAAUGGGUGGGCUUGAUGGAGGACGAGUCCAACUCGGUCUGGCUGUUCCUCAAAUGGAACGUCAUCGACCUCAUAUUCAUCAUGGGCCUUCCUGAGCUUAGGAUUCCUUGGCUGGAGCUGACACAGCCUGCAUGCCUUGUCUUAUUCUUCGGACAUGCCAUUUUCAACUUCGUCCUCAUGUUCAACAUCACGGCUGGCUUUACGGCUGCGCUUCUUGCUUUUCUCAAGGUCUUUUACGAUCGCGAAUUGGCCAUAUCCGAGCAUUACGUCCAGCCGGCCCAUGUCUUGCACAAUGCGUCUGUUAUCCUAGGAAAACAAAUUAUCAACAUUUUGCCCGAAGGCUCUGCCGUCCUCAACCCUGAUGGCCAGGCCUUUUGCCUUGGAGACUCUCAGCCUACGAUCACGUUGCCCCUGCUGUUCAACGAGACUGUCCCGAUCGAGGUUGAGAUCAUACGCGUCGACCUCGAGACCAAUGUUCAAGAGACCUUAAAGCUCGGCAAGGACCAGAUCAGGACUAUCACGAAGAUGGCCAAGAGACUAGCGGACAGUCCAGAAGAAUCCGAAGUCAAAUUCGACUACCCGGUCAAGAAGCCCGGCGUCUAUAGGCUAGGGAGGGUUCUUGACGAGUACAAAUUGGAGGUGCAGCGCUUGACUGGGAACACAUUUGUUGUCCCGUGUCCAAAAGCUCGAGUCCUGCCCUCGGUGUCCUCUGAUCGCUGCCUGGGCGACCUGUCAGACCUGUCGCUACAGGUGGAGGGUACACCUCCACUGAAAAUUGUCUAUAGCCAGAUGAUCAAUGGCAAGGACCAUAGCUUCCACUUCCAGAGCUUGCAGCCGGAAGGCUUUUCAUCUCCGCUGAUGGGCUCGAGCAGGUCGUCGGCCCUGGUCCUUCCCGACGACGAGUCGUAUGUCACAUGGGCACGAGCACAGGUAGUGACGGUGGGCUUGAACGAGUCCAUGAACUCCGGAGGAGAGUGGCAGUAUUCCGUGGACGAGGUCCAAGACGCUUUUGGCAACGUCGUCAAAUAUGCCUCGCCGGCGGAUGACCCAGAGAUGCGACCGAAACCCAAGCAUCUAGUACAGCAAUUCAGCGUCAAGGACCGGCCAACGGUGAGCCUUUUCGAUUGCAAUAUGCGCCAUCCCCUCAAGGUUGCGAAAGGCAAAUCUACGAGCCUGCCUGUCAAGUAUGAGAUCGCGGAGCAGAAGAGCACCAAACAUACCAUCACCUGGCUCUACUCGCCUAUCGACACACUCACAAAGAAUGGCGACCACGGGGAAGCAGUGACGACGGGUACGUACCACGCAAAGAAGGCAGACGACGUGCCAAGUGUUUCGGCACCUGGACUGUACACCCUCAAGUCUGUCUCGGCUGGCGUUUGUGAGGGCGAGGUGCAGGAGCCGUCAUCGUGCCUCCUGUUGAAUCCGCUCGAACCGAGCCUCGUACUGCGGUCGAGCGACAUCCCAGACAAGUGUGCAGGUAACUCCAUCGGUAUUUCUGUGGACUUCGACUUUGUUGGCACCCCACCUUUCGUUGUUAACUACAAGGCAAUUCACAACGGAUCUCCCGAGAGGAGGAGCUUCAAAGCUACUAGCAUGAGGCAUCAAGAGGAGUUCAUCCCCACCGUCGCAGGGACACACAAGUAUAUCUUUGAGAGCAUCAGUGACAGGGUAUACCCUUCGCAACAGCUCAGCGGGCCGGGCAUGACCCUGGAAACCACUGUCAAACCUGUGGCCUCGGCCAGCAUCCGCAAGCCUUCUCAGGUUAUCAACGCGUGUCUGGAGGAGGAGGUUCAGGUUGAUGUGGUACUGCAAGGCGAAGCACCUUUCACCCUGGAAUGGGAGCUCGUCCACGACGGCAGGAGAAGGCAACACAAGAUCUCGGAUAUCCAGGACAAGAACUUGAAGAUCCAGACACCGCCGCUGACUCAGGGUGGAGAAUACUCAGUCGCUCUGAUUGCUAUCACCGACACAUCAGGCUGCCGUUCUUUCUUGCAGGAUGAGAUGAAGAUUUCCGUCCGGCGCCAGCGGCCUCGGGGAGCAUUUGGCCAACUGGACGGCAAGUUCAGGACGAGGACCUUAGAGGAAGCCAAGGUCAGGCUUCCCGUCCGUCUGAGCGGAGAAGGGCCUUGGGACGUCUCCUUCAAGAACUUGGACGACGGUGACACGGCGCAAGUCAGCAAGCGCAAACUCAAAUCUGGCAAUGAUUUCUUGACUGUGGACAGACGCGGAGUCUACGAGAUCGUCGACGUAUCUGAUAACAAGUGUCCUGGUGUUGUCGACCCUAGAGCAGCACAGUUCGAAGUCGACUGGCUUCCUCGGCCAGAACUUGGCCUUGUGCAGACCCCCAGCAUCUCGCUGGACCGCGAAUACGUCUACUCUAAGAACGAAGUCUGUGAGGGAGACAUUGACGGUUUUGAGAUUGCUCUUAAGGGCUCGCCACCAUUCCAUGUUGAGUAUCAAGUUAAGCACAAGGAUGACAACGGUGGUAUGUCCUCGCCGCACAAAAAGACAGUCGAUGCCGCACUUGGCAAGGCCUCAAUACAGAUGGACACAUCAACACCAGGCCUCUAUGCAUAUCAGUUCACUGGGGUACAGGACAGCGUUUACGUGGACAACAAGAAGCUCAAUUCCGUUACGUUACACCAGACGGUCAACCCCAGGCCCGAUGCGUCAUUCAUCAAGCCCGGUCAAACGUACAAAUCCUGCAUGGCAGAUCAAGAUAUCGAAGAAACUAUACCCAUCGAGCUCAAGGGCACUGCACCAUUCUCGUUGGAGAUAGAGAUCAAGCAUCAAUCAGGCGCCGGCUUGGAGACCUACAGAAUUCCGUCCAUACCGACAAACAAGUUCGACAUCCAGAUACCCCGGCAGUAUCUCAAAUUGGGUGGUCAGUCAGUCCGCAUCCGUCAGGUUGGUGAUGCUCAUGGUUGUCGACGGACCUACGAUACUGGUGGCCCAUCUGUUCAGGUUCAACUCUUCGACGCACCAACUAUCUAUGAGCUUGAAGGUAGACAGGACUAUUGUGUGGGUGAGCGUAUCGGGUAUACACUGUCCGGCACGCCGCCGUUCGAGGUUUGGUACACCUUCGAUGGCCAGCAACGCAAAGCCAAGUCUCCGACCACCAGUUUCCGCCGCUUGGCCGAGUAUGCCGGCACCUUCGCUAUCACGUCGAUCAGCGAUCGAGCAUCCGAGUGCAACUCCAACGUCAACAUCACGAAGAUCAUUCAUCCGAUGCCAUCUGUCAAGAUUUCUAAGGGAAAGACAUCGCGAGCAUCUAUCCACGAGGGCGGAGAGGUGAACAUCCUUUUUGAGUUCACCGGCACGCCGCCAUUCGAAUUUGUCUACACGCGGAGCACGAACGCGAAGAAGGGCCAGCGGAGCCAGGUCCUUGAGACGAGGGCUGACAUGAGCUAUGAGUUUUCGAAGGUGGUCAAGGCGAGCCAGGAGGGUACAUAUGAGGUCAUCUCAAUCAGAGACCAGCAUUGCUCGUUCCAGACGGCCCAGGUCCACGGGGAGACGAGCGAUAAGCUGUUGCAGUACUGA